AUGCGGCUAAGCGAGGAGGACCUUGAGCUUGGGGAAAUGGAGGAGGAGGAGAGGGAGGAGGAGGAGCGGCGGCGGCACGAGGAGAAUCUACAGAUGAUCAUGGCCGCGAAACCCGUCAAAUGGACCACAUACGCGAUAUUGGCUGUAGCGUUUUCCGCGCUGGUGCUACUGGCGGUGCUGUGCUGGGCGUUCAUUUCCGCCAUGCAGCCCCCCGCGCACUCCCUCCCCCUCCACCUGCGCGCGCAACGCCUAGACGCCGCCGCGCUCGCCGUCCUUGCCAUCCAACAGAGGCUGCAAUACGCAGCAGUGGCGCAGGCCUUGGCGCUGACGUCGGCUCUCAACUCCAUGGCCAGAAGCAAUGUCAGCACUGGUAGACAGAGCAGCAGCAACAACCUAACAAGUCUUUUAGCACAUUCCCAGGAGGCCCUGCUAGCCACACAGCUUCUGAGACGCCCCGAAAGUCAGAGCAUGGGAAGCAGCAACGGGCUGACGGAGACUGUUUCUGACCCCACACUGGCUGACUUCCGUGCCCUGCCUGAGACUCCUUCGAGACGGCUAGCUGUCUCGGCUGCCGUCUCCACCGCACCCCACCAUUCUGAGUUUCACAGACCACGUGGGGCAAGAAAGGCUGGUGGUAGUAGGCUAUCAGGCAAUGGUGGUGCAGCAGUGCCCGCUGGUGCUGCAGCAGAGCAGACAAUUGGCGCUAGCCUGGCAGCUGUCUCCCUUGCUGACGUGGCAGCAGCUUGGGCUGGCAUCAGCAUCAAUAGUGGCAGCAGGCCAGCCAGUCAAGAAGAAACCGAGAAGCUUCCUUCGCGUCUGCUGCUCGUUUCAGCCACUGGAGGGCUUUUGCUGUCCUCUUCUGGCGCAGUGGGCGGCUCAGUAGCACCCAAUGAUGUCAUCGUGAUGUCAUCAAUGUCUGCGUUAGGGUUAGGCAAGCCUGCUGAGUCAGCAGUGCCGGUGGUGGAAGCAUCUCCGGUGAACACGUCUGCAGCAGCGUUAGGGAGUGUAAUGAGAUCGCUACAGACAAAUAUCGCCGGCCAGGAGUACUACGUUGACUCUCUUCCUCUUGUCUUCAGCACUGCUGCCAAUUACACCAUCGUGUAUGCAUCAGCGGUGGCCCUGUACGAAACACCACCCCCAGCCUCCACGAGAAUCGCCUCUCUUGUGCUGCUGCUGCUCUCCCUCGCUGCUCUGCUUGCCUGUGCUCUGCUCCUCGUCUUGGCCGUUCGCAAGCGCAGCGGCAACGUGUCUUUCCUGCAGGACGAGGUGCACAGGCAGAUGAUGCUCACCAAGAGAGCCGAAACGAGGUCCCAGACCAAGAGCGCCUUCCUAGCCAGCAUGAGCCACGAGCUGCGCACGCCCAUGGCGGCUAUUCUGGGCCUGCUGGACCUGGUGUUGUGUGAGGACCUGCUGCCCGAGGUGCAUGUGAACGUGCAGCAGAUCAAACUGGCUGCAACGGCCCUGCUGGGGCUCCUCAAUUCCAUCCUCGACCUCAGCAAGGUGGAAGCGGGCAAGCUGGUGUUGGAGUGUGUUGACUUCGACAUCCGAAAAGACCUCGAACUCAUUGUGGAAAUAUUUUCAGUGCAGGCUUUAACCAAGGGCACGGAGAUUUCUCUAGACCUGUCGGACGAUCUGACGCGCAUGGUGAGGGGCGACCCGCACCGCGUGCGGCAGGUGUUCAACAACCUGCUCUCCAACUCCAUCAAGUUCACCCCCAACGGCCACAUCGUCAUCCGCGCCUGGAACCGCGCUGCCCACCCUCACCAGCACACGCAGCAGCAGCAGCAGCAGCAGCACGGGCAGCAGCAGCAGGGGCAGUUGGGGUGGGCGGACGGGGAGCGGGCGGCGCUGCAAGGGGGAGGGUCUGGGGCGAUGGAGGGGAGUCAGCACGGGGGAGGGGAGGCGGGUGUUGGGGAGGAGAAGGAGAGGGGGAAGGGGAAGGUGGAGCUUGUGUUUGAGUUGGAGGAUACGGGGUGUGGUGUGCCCAAGGACAAGAGGGAGGCUAUCUUUGAGACGUACGGCCAGGCGGACCAGGCGCACGGGCGGAUCGGCACGGGUCUGGGCUUGGCCAUCGUGCGAUCGCUGGUGGAGAUGAUGGGGGGCAAGAUCGCUGUAGUGGACAAGCCCUCGCCCGGCCCCGGCUCCCUGUUCCGCUUCAACCUCUCGCUGGACCGCCCCGACCCCGCAGCAGCAGCGAAGCAGGCAGGGGGCGAGGCGGAGGAGCAGGAGAAGGAGAGCUGGCGCCUGGAGGCGCCUCUCAUGCGCGCGCUGUGGGACGGGGAUGUGCUGCUGGUGAUGGGGGCGUGCCCGGGCAGGGAGGUGGCGGGGAAAUGGUUGAGGCAGCGAGGACUGACUGUGGUGGAGGUGGGCGCGUGGGAGGAGAUGGUGGACCGGAUUCGCCAGGUAGCAACAGCAGCAGAGGAGAAGGCAAGGGCAACCGAGGCAGCAUACGAGCGCAUGAGGAUGGACGACCCCUUUCUGCUCCUCCCAUCCUUCCCCAACGCCAACCCUAACCCUAACCCUAAUUCUGACGCCACUGCCGCCCAGCCUCUAAGCUCUGCCGAUGCUUUCGCUGCCCUGCAAAGUGGAGGGGGAGGGCUGAUGGGGGGAGGAGGGGUGGAUUUGGAAAGCUUUAAGAAGGGUAUUCUGUCGCUGGGCCUGCGGGAUGCUGGUGGUAGUGCUGGGUCUCUGCUGUCGGCAGGUAGUGGGGGAGGUGGAACCGGGGGAGGUGGAGGGGGAGGAGGAGGAGGAGGAGGAGGAGGGAGUGGUGAUGGUGCGAGGAAUGGGUUAGGGAGUGAGAUAUUAGGAGCAGGGGCAGCAGCAGGAGGCGGAGGAGCAACGGCAGCAGGAGAGGCAGCAGCAGCAGGAGGAGCAGCAGCAGGGGAGAAGGGCAGCAGCAACGGCAGCGGUGUCGGUGAGAUUCGCAGUGCAGGCAGCUCGCCCCUUCGGCUAGCCCGUAUAGCCAGUGUGAGCAGCGGGCACAGGCGACAGAGCAGCCUGGAGCGAAUCGGAGCACUCUUUGGUGGAGCAGGGGGAGGUAAGGAUGCAGGAGGGGUAGGUCUGGCUGGAUGGGAGGCGCCUGGUAGGAGUGGUCUAGCCAAGGAAGGGAUGGGGAGUGGAGGAGAGGCAGAGGGAGGGGUGGGGGGAGGGGGGGCAGGCGGUGGAGCAGGAGGGGGAGUAGAAGGGGGAGUAGGAGGGGGAGUAGGAGGGGGGGCAGGAGGGGGAGUAGGAGGGGGGCCGAGGAGAGGACUGGAACGAACAGUGAGUUUGCAGUCUGACAAGAAGAUUCUGGGAGGGGGAGGAGCAGCAGGGGGCGGUGCCGGUGGUGGGCUAUGGAAGCAAGGAAGCCUGACUCUCGGGAAGGUGUUUCGGCGGGGCAGUGGGGGCAGUGAUGCGAGCUCUGGGGGGGGCGGAGGGGGUAUGGACAACAAGCAGCCCGGUGAUUGGUCGGCACAGAACCCGCCGCCCCUGCCGUCGUCUGCUGCUGCUGCUGCUGCUGCUGCCACUGCUGCAUCGGCAGCAGCAGGGCAAGCAGAGGCUCUAGGCACAGCUGCUGCUGCAACGACAGGGGCGGGAGUGGUGGGAGGGGUGGGCAGCGGAGGAGGAGGAGCGGGAGGGGGGAGCGGAGCAGGUGGAACAGCAGCAGGGGGAGCAGCUGGGGCGGGGGGAGGGACAGCGGCAGGAGCAGAGGCGGAUCUGGGUCCUCUGAACGAGCUGCUAGCAUUACUGGAGAUCUGCAGGGCAGGAGGGGGCAAUAGCUCUCUGCCUGUCAUGUGGCUGGUUGCUGCUAACACGCCUGCCUCUGUGCGUGAGCGGUUGAGAGCGGCUGGGUGCGAUACUAUUGUGUCGAAGCCCCUGCAUCCCACUAGGAUGGAGCAGUUGCUGAAUUUGGCUAUGGAUAUUAAGUAUGGGAUUGGGGGGACUGCGGAGGGCGGGGUGGGAGGGGAGCGUGGGGGUGAGGAAGGGGAGGAGAGAGGGGGGGAUGGGGAGGGAGAGGGGGAUGGCGGGGGGAGUGAGGGAGGUGGAGGAGGGGGGGUGUGGGGAGUUCUGGACGAGUUGGGGAAGGAGAAGGGGAGGGAGAGAGGGAGGGAGAAGGGAGGGGGGAAGGGAGGAGGGAAGGAGGGGAAGGAGGGGAAGGAGGGGAAGGAGGGGAAGGAGGGGAAGGAGGGGAAGGGGCGCAAGAGUAUAAAUGUGAAUGUGAGGAUUCAGAGGUGCUUAAGUGCGGUGGAUGAGGAGUUGAGCCAUGCAGACGAGAUGAGCAAUGGAGACGACUCUUGCCUUUCCACCCCUGUUGGGAGUUCUGAAUUUGAUCUCGCUACCCCGAGGUCUGGUGAUGGGGCGUGGGAAGGGAGAGAGGGGAGGGACAGGAGGGAGGGGAGAGACAGGAGGGAGGAGAGGGAAGGGAGGGUAGGAAGAAGUGGGGAAGAGGCGAGGGAGCGGAGAGACAGACCGAGCAAUAGUGGUGAUGAUGAGAGUGAUGGUGAUGGGGAAAGAGGAGGUAGAGGAGAGAGAGGAGAAAGAGAUGAGAGAUGGGAGAGAUGGGAGCGAAGGGAAAGGAGAGAAAGAGGGGAGAGAGGGGAAAGAGGAGAGAGGAGAGAAAGAGGGGAGGGAGGGGACGGUCAAUACCGCUCGCAGAGGAGGCAGGAGGGUUGGCGUGGCAGAAGUGGCAGCGGCGGCAGUGGGGAUGGCGAGGGAGCAGGGGACACACGAGGGGCAGGAGGAGCAAUCACACCCAGAACGCCCCGGAACCUUCUCGUGCCCUUCCCUCGCUCGGAAUCCCGCGGGUCUCAAGACGGGAGCAAAGGGGGCGGGCAGGAGGAGCAGCGGCGCGGAUCCUUCCGAAAAGACUCGGUGGCUUCACUCUCACUCAUCUCGCCUCGCUCCCCCUCGUCUCUCUCCUCCUCUUCUCCUUCCUUGGAUCGCUCUGCUAGCGGACGGCUCUUGCCGGCCAUUGACUCGCUCUUCUCCCCUCGCAAGCACUCUCAGUCUCACUCCCAGUCUCACUCGCAGUCGCAUCGUGCCUCCUCCUCCUCGUCCUCUUCCUCUCGUGCUAAGCGUAGUGGCAGCGGCAGUGGCAGCAGAAGCAGGGAGAGGGGCGGAGGGGGUGGGAGUGCGUCGGGUGCAUCGUCCCACCAGAAGGCCGUGCUGGGCCCGCCGUCAGCUCUCGCAGGUGUGCACAUCCUAUUGGCGGAGGACGUGGCGAUGCUGCAGCGCGUGGCGGUGCUGAUGCUGAAGAAGAUGGGCGCCACGGUGGUGGCGGUGAGCAACGGUCAGGAGGCAUUGGAUGCGGUGACAAGGCAGGUCCGAGGGGAGGCGGAGGGUGGAGAGGCGUUUGACCUCGUGCUCAUGGACUGCCAGGGGGGGGAACCUUCCAUUCCAUGCGUGCGCACAUUGGCUUAUGAGGAUGGGGUCAUGCGAGUCGCUGUGUGUGUGUGCGCUCAUAGACAUCACACUCUCUCUCCUCCCCACCUUCCUCAUCCACCUUCCCCAAUGUAUUCUCCUGGGCAUCACACCCAUAACCACCUGCCGCCCACCUGCCGCCCUCCUACCACCCACCUGCUGCCCACCUGCUGCCCACCUGCCGCCCACCUGCCCCCACUUCCUCCACACCCACCGCAGAUGCCUGUGUUGGACGGGUACGCAGCAACGCAGGCAAUCAGAGAGGUGGAGAGGGGUGCAGAGGUGCACAUUCCGGUGGUGGCACUGACAGCCAAUGCCAUGGCAGGGGACCACCACAAGUGCCUCGAUGCCGGCAUGGAUGGGUACCUCACUAAACCUAUAGACAGCAAGCUACUGACGGAAACAGUGAAGAAGCUCUUAGGGGAUCGGAGGAAGCGCAAGUGA